AUGGUCAACCCCAUGGUGUUUUUCCACAACGCAGUGGAUGGCGAGCCCUUGGGCUACAUCUCCUUCGAGCUGUUUGCAGACAAAGUUCCAAAGACAACAGAAAACUUUCGUGCUCUGAGUACUGGGGAGAAAGGAUUUGGCUAUCAAGGUUCCUGCUUUCACAGGAUUAUUCUGGGGUUUAUGCACCAGAGUGACAACUUCACUUGCCAUAAUGGCACUGGCACCAAAUCCAUCUAUGGGAAGAAUUUUGAUGAGAAUUUCAUCCUGAAGCAUAUGGCUCCUGGCAUCUUGUCCAUGGCAAAUGGUGGACCCACCACAAACAGCUCCCAGUUUUUCAUCUGCACUGCCAAGACUGAGUGGCUGGAUGGCAAGCAUGUGGUCUUUGGCAAGGUGAAAGAGGGCAGGAAUAUUGUGGAAGCCAAGGAACGCUUUGGAUCCAAGAGUGGCAAGAAGAUAACCAUUGUUGACUGUGGAUAA